AAAAAAACAAUUAGUCGAAUAGAGGGAGAGAGAGAAGUUCAUUGUGCUCUAGAAGUGAUUUAAAAUUUUUCUGUGAACGUUUUGGUAACUUUAUUUUUGCCAUAAAACUGUGUUGCCUUCGGGGUGAGUGUUAAAAGUUGCCAUGGCCACCAACUCAACUACCUCUUGAACCGCUGGCACCUUUACUAAAUUCAUACUCAGAAGAUUAGGUUAUUGCUACCACAGCACUUGCUCUGGAAUGACCUAUAGUUCGCAGUUGCUAUAAUGUUAGCUAAAAAUACCAGCUAACUACUGGUACAUGUUGUCAAUUACUGCAUCGAUUUGACUACUGAUUCUAUUCGUGGUACUGCUACAAGUUUCAGCAUUUACUGUUAUACAGCAAAUACCAUUUAUAGCUGCUUGUCAGCAAAAGUUACGUAGGCUGCCGUUGCUAAUUAGUAAACGUAAAAUUGUUAGUUGCCGUUAGCAUGUACCACAACAGCUUUUUCUUCUAAAGCAAAUUAUUUGAUUGUAAAAACUGCAAUACAUCAGGUAGUUUUUGAUAUAUCGUCAAGUUUGGUAGAAGGGGCACACAUUUAUCCUCUAGCUCUUAACACUGACAGACUGACUAGGACAUUUCUAAAAAGUUCUCUUGUGUCUGGGUGUUUUAUACAUUGCGUCUAAGGACCGUGUGCGCGCACGCAUCUCGUCAGUCGAUGCGCGUUCCUGUGGCUCAACUAAGCGGGCAUAAGCCAGAAGGGAUAGGAGCAAACAGUUGCCCUUCAAAAUAAAGCAGAAAAGUUAACGUGUCUCUCAAUUUCUCAAUUGAUUUAUUGGGCUGAAAUUAGGAACUGUGUGGCAUGGACAAUUGAUAUUUUAGUUUUCAAAUUGGCUAUUUUUACAAAUUAGCCAAUUUGAUAAAAAUAACAGUGCGACAAAGGCAAACGUGUAUGGCUCAAGAUCUAUGGUAAACUGUGGCCUGCUUUUUCAUACCUCAGCUAUUUGAGCUGUUGCGUUAAAUUUUUUAUUUGAAAAAAAGUUCAAUGUGGCAGCUAGGAGAGGUUCUAGUAAUUAUAUGGAAGAGGAUGUUCUGAUAACUAAACCUGAUGAACACAACAUAUUUUGCUCGAAAAUAUUUAAUGAAGUAGCCUAUAACUUCAAUCAAGCUAAUGUGGCUAAUCUUAAUUAGAUCUACAGUCGUACCAUUACAUGAUUAAACUGAGAUAUUACUCUUGACAGGUAAAAUUCGUAGUUUAACUACACUGGAAAUUGAUCUGAUUUCUCUUGUCUUUAUCCUCACGUGCGUUAUUUUGAAAGCAGUGACCGGAAGUGGCACAUUCUUCAUUCCGUGUGACUUGACGCUGGCUGAAUCCGUCCUCUACAGCGUUACCUCCGCGGUCCAGCCGAGAAAUAAUGAUCCGUGAGCAGCAGCAGCAGCAGGAGCGGCCGCAGUCCGGGCCCGGAGCAGCAUUCCCCUGCUCUGUCGGUGAGCCAUGAGCAUGCCACCGCUCCGGCCUCCUCGCCCCAGCCUCACCGACUCUCGUUCACCACCAGCAAGAUGUAUUUCAACCGGAGACCCAAGAAGAUACACAGUGAGGGAGAGCAGUUAGUGUUGACCACCAUUAGGCAGGACGCUUCUGAACUGCAGGACCCAGGCCAGGGCGCCAGCGCUACCAUGCGCGCCCGCCUCACAGACAGGUUUGACAAAAGACCUGCUUGCUCGUCCGCCGGUUACCGCAAGGCAGAUGAUGAGAUGUCCGGGACCACUUCCCAGGCGGAUCCCGUAGACGCCACGGAGCGGACGGUGUUGCUCAACCGGGCACAGAAUACCAAGUUCUGCGACAAUCAUGUCAGUACCACCAAGUAUGGGAUUCUCACCUUUCUGCCCCGGUUCCUCUAUGAGCAGAUCAGGCGGGCUGCCAACGCCUUCUUCCUGUUCAUCGCACUCAUGCAGCAAAUCCCUGAUGUAUCACCGACCGGUCGCUACACCACACUGGUCCCACUCAUCUUCAUCCUCACCGUGGCCGGGAUCAAAGAGAUCAUAGAAGACUAUAAAAGACACAAAGCAGACAACACGGUCAACAAGAAGAAGACAACAGUGCUGCGCAACGGAGCCUGGCAGACAGUCAUCUGGAAACAGGUGGCAGUAGGAGACAUAGUGAAGGUGACCAAUGGCCAGCACCUUCCAGCGGACAUGGUUAUAGUGUCCUCCAGUGAGCCUCAAGCCAUGUGUUACACUGAGACCUCAAACCUGGAUGGAGAAACCAACCUAAAGAUAAGACAGGGUCUCUCACUCACAGCUGGUUUUCAGACCCUGGAGGAUUUGAUGGCACUGUCUGGUCGUUUGGAGUGUGAAGGCCCCAACCGACACCUGUAUGACUUCACUGGCACACUGCGGCUGGAGAACCAGAAUCCAGCUCCCCUGGGCCCAGACCAGGUGUUGCUGCGCGGCGCCCAGCUCAGGAACACUCAGUGGGUUGUGGGGAUUGUUGUCUACACAGGCCAUGACUCCAAACUGAUGCAGAACUCCACCAAAGCACCACUGAAGCGUUCAAAUGUGGAGCGGGUGACCAACAUGCAGAUCCUGGUCCUGUUUGGUAUCCUGCUGGUCAUGGCUUUGGUCAGUUCUGUUGGCGCUGCCAUCUGGAACAGAGAACACACUGAAGAUGCCUGCUGGUACCUGUCCCGGGCUGGUGACAUCUCCACAAACUUUGCAUAUAAUCUGCUGACGUUCAUCAUCCUGUACAACAACCUGAUCCCAAUCAGCCUGCUGGUCACCCUGGAGGUGGUCAAGUUCACACAGGCCCUCUUCAUCAACUGGGACGUGGAGAUGUACUACUCUGAGACAGACACACCGGCCAUGGCUCGAACAUCCAAUCUUAAUGAAGAACUGGGCCAGGUGAAGUAUCUCUUCUCUGACAAGACAGGAACGCUCACCUGUAAUGUCAUGCACUUUAAGAAGUGUACCAUCGCAGGAAUAACAUAUGGCCACUUCCCUGAUCUUGACUGUGAUCGUUCAAUGGAGGACUUCAGCAAUCUGCCGUCCAGCAGCAAUAACUCUACUGAGUUUGACGACCCAACUCUCAUCCAAAACAUUGAGAAGAACCAUCCUACAUCACCUCAGAUCUGCGAGUUCUUGACAAUGAUGGCAGUGUGCCACACGGUGGUCCCAGAGAGAGAGGGCAACCAGAUCAUCUACCAGGCCUCUUCACCAGAUGAAGGAGCCCUGGUCAAAGGGGCCAAAGGACUUGGCUUUGUGUUCACUGCAAGGACACCGCAUUCAGUCAUCAUUGAAGCUAGAGGGAAAGAGAUGAGCUAUGAGCUGCUGAACGUGCUCGAGUUUUCCAGUAACCGCAAACGCAUGUCUGUGGUGGUCAGGACCCCCAACGGGAGGCUACGGCUGUACUGCAAAGGAGCUGAUAAUGUCAUUUUUGAACGUCUGACUGGGGCUUCCCAGUACAAAGAAUUAACUGUUGCUCAUCUGGAACAGUUUGCUACUGAAGGCCUGAGGACUCUGUGUUUUGCUUAUGUGGACCUGGAGGAAGAUGCCUACCAGGAGUGGCUGAAGGAAUACAAUCAGGCCAGCACCGUACUCAAAGACCGCGCUCAGAAACUAGAGGAGUGUUAUGAACUACUGGAAAAGAACUUAAUGCUGCUGGGCGCCACAGCCAUAGAGGACCGUCUCCAGGCUGGCGUGCCAGAGACCAUCGCCACUCUGAUGAGGGCUGACAUCAAGAUCUGGGUCCUCACUGGAGACAAGCAAGAGACUGCCAUCAACAUAGGUUACUCCUGUCGUCUGGUGACACACGGCAUGUCCCUCAUCAUUGUCAACGAGGACUCUCUGGAUGCUACUCGUGCCACACUGACAACUCACUGUUCGUCGCUGGGUGACUCGCUGAGGAAGGAGAAUGAGCUGGCGCUGAUCAUUGAUGGUCAGACACUGAAAUAUGCGCUGUCCUUCGAGCUGCGCCAGGCCUUCCUCGACUUGGCAUUGUCCUGCAAGGCUGUCAUCUGCUGUCGAGUGUCUCCGCUGCAGAAGUCAGAGAUCGUGGAUAUGGUGAAGAAGCACGUGAAAGCCAUCACACUGGCGAUAGGUGAUGGUGCGAACGACGUGGGCAUGAUACAGACGGCUCAUGUUGGGGUCGGGAUCAGUGGCAACGAGGGCAUGCAGGCCACCAACUCCUCUGACUACUCCAUAGCACAGUUUUCCUACCUAGAGAAGCUACUGUUGGUCCAUGGGGCGUGGAGCUACAACCGUGUCACCAAGUGCAUCCUCUACUGUUUCUAUAAGAAUGUGGUCCUCUACAUUAUAGAGCUCUGGUUUGCCUUUGUGAACGGGUUUUCUGGCCAGAUCCUUUUUGAGCGCUGGUGUAUAGGCCUCUACAACGUGAUAUUUACUGCACUGCCUCCGUUCACUUUGGGGAUAUUUGACCGGCCGUGCAGCCAGCAGAACAUGCUCAGAUUCCCGCAGCUCUACCGAAUCACCCAGAAUGCUGAGGGCUUCAACACCAAGGUGUUUUGGGGACACUGUAUCAACGCACUGAUUCAUUCAAUUAUUCUCUUUUGGUUUCCUCUUAAAAUGUUAGAGCAUGACUCUCCCUUCAAUAACGGUCAGGGAAAUGACUACCUGUUUGUAGGAAAUAUGGUCUACACAUAUGUGGUAGUUACAGUGUGUCUGAAAGCUGGAAUGGAGACCACCGCUUGGACCAGGUUUUCCCACCUGGCAGUAUGGGGAAGCAUGGUGCUCUGGAUGGUCUUCUUCGCUGUCUACUCAGCCAUCUGGCCCACCAUCCCCAUCGCCCCCGACAUGCUGGGCCAGGCUGGCAGGGUGAUGCAGUGCUGGCACUUCUGGCUGGGCCUGGUCCUGGUGCCUACUGCAUGUUUACUCAAAGACUUUGCUUGGACCGCCACACGCCGCACUGUGAGGAAGUCUCUUCUGGAGGAGGUGCAGGAGUUGGAGGCUCGGGCCGUCGACCCAGGGGCAGCUGUACUUAGGGAUGCCAGCGGCCGCAGUCUAAACGAACGAGCCCAUCUGCUGACAAGAGUCUUUAGGAAAACACCUUCAAGUGUAGGACGCUCAAACUCGGUGCAGCAGACUGUGUCACAUGGCUAUGCCUUCUCUCAGGAGGAGCACGGCGUGGUGUCCCAGUCCCAGGUCGUGCGCUCCUACGACACCACCCGCCAGCGCCCCAGCCUCUAGCCCCACCCCUGACCAAGGCUUUGGCUCACCGUAGCAAUGGUUGUCAAGGUGACAGCGGAGACAGACUUAUGUGACACCCUCACGCUGGGUGACCAACCCCUGCUGUGGCCUUAACUGGAACUAUGACCUGACCCCCUCGCCGGGGGGUGGGGGUCACGGUCAGGCAUGGAGACCGUCGCUGGUGCAUGGAGGACUGACUUGAGAGAAGGGACCAGGCCGAAUAUACAGAAUAAACUUCUAAACUCACACAAAGCUGCACAGGCAUGAGCAAUCAUAUCCACGCACAGACAUGUUAAGUCAAACUCAGAGACUGCUACUCAUAUCUGUAUACCCCUCAGACUGGGUUUGGAUCAUGUCACUGUGUGUUAAUGUGUGUGUGUGUGUGUGUGCGCGUGUGCACAUUCCAGUGCGUUUGUAUCUGCCUGUGCAUGUAUGUCUGCACGCAUUGGCGCUCCCGUGUUUGUGUGCAUGUGUGUGUCGGUCCACGUGUGUUUGUGCGUUAGCUUCCACGGUUCCCUCUCAUCUCGCUCUUGUGAGGUGGGUUUAGCUCGUCUGUCAUCACAUGCCGACACGGAAGGGAAGGGGACGUCAAAAUAAACACACUCACACUCACACACACACACACAAGCGCAGAUGAAUUCCUUAAAAAAGGGAGGGAGGGAAGCAUAGACCAAGGACCACCGGAGCCCUGCACCCCCAGCUUACAGCCCCCCUCUACAUCCCAUCGCAGCAACAAGCCUCACUGCCAAACACCACAGAGAUGCCACUGAGGCAGAACGCGCUCACCAUAAAACCGGACCACCACCCUGCUGCAACCCCUCCUACCCCACUGGGACCUCCUCUUGCUUAUCUCUCCCUUCAUUUUUCUUCCUUCCUAUCGCUCCCAUCUCCUAGCCGCUCCGCAGCUUCCACGUCUCUCCUCCUCUGCUGCACAUCUACUCACCUCAGCCAGUUGAGAAAAAAAAAUCCACUCUCGUCUUUCCUGUUUUUAAUUCUGACCGCUCCUGUGAUUCCUGGUGCCGCCUGUCUAGCAACGUCAGCUGACAUAGAAUCAGCAAGCCUGGCAUUAGUGCUUCCUUCUUCAUUUCUUUUGGACUCCCACUCUUUACUGGACUGUUCCUUUCUUUUUUUCUUUUUUUUUUAAAUUAAAGUGGACAUUAAUGUGUAUGUGUUUAUAAUUUUUGUUCUCUUUUCAUUAAUGCCUGUUUUUGUACUCAUAUGUCAAGACAUGUCUUAGAGGGAAUAUUUUACUUGAACUAGUGCUAAUAGACAUUCAAACAGAAGGGAUCUGAUUGAGACUCUC